CUUCUACAUAUUUUGUAUAGUAAGAGCGGCUUGAAUCAAGACAAAGUGGAAGGCCCGGGAGAAGUAGGUGGCGCUUCUCAAGCUUUCCCUCAGCGAAGGCAACAAGAGACGCCACGACAAUACCCCAACAAAAGUAACUACCAUGAACCUGUGUUAAGCAACAAAGGCAGUGGACUACGGAGUAGUAGCAGCGGAACUGGAAGGACCCAUCAGAGAUGGGUACCACCGAGCUCAUCCAACAGACCUGAAUAUCACACCAAUCAAGAAAGGCAUAAUCCCAUCUUUAGGCGUGUUAGAGGGAUCCUGAACAAGCUCACCCCUGAAAAGUUUGACAAGCUGGUUCUGGAGCUGCUCAACGUGGGAAUCGACUCCAAAGUCGUGCUCAAAGGCAUCAUUCUACUGGUAUUUGACAAAGCAUUAGAAGAACCCAAGUACAGCACUGUAUACGCUCAGCUAUGUAAGCGACUGGACGAGGACGCUCCUAGUUUUGAGCCUCCGGGCUCAAACAUCAGAACUUUCCGGCGCCUGCUCAUCAACAAAUGUCAGGAUGAGUUCGAGAACAGGUCCCAAGCGUUUGCAGCCUUUGAUAACAAAAAUGGCAAUCUCACACCAGAUGAGGAGGAGCAACGACACAUCACCAAGCACAAGAUGCUGGGCAACAUCCAGUUCAUUGGUGAACUUGGCAAGCUUGAAAUGCUACACGAGUCCAUACUACACAAGUGCAUUAAACAGCUGCUGUUCAAGCGAAGCAGCGAAUCGUUACGAGAGAAGGCGGAGGACUUCGAGUGUCUGUGUAAGAUAAUGAAUACAGUGGGCCGGAGACUAGACCAUGACAAAGCAAGGUCUUGGAUGGAUCAGUAUUUUGAGCGCAUGAGCCGUUUCUCAGAUAUGCCAGAGUUGCCGGCGAGAAUUCGCUUUAUGCUGCAGGACUGCCUGGAGCUUAGACGCAACAAUUGGGUGGUGAGACACGCUGCUGUUGUGCAAGGUCCUAGGACUAUACGUCAGGUCCAUCAAGAUGCUUAUAAGGAUGCUGGCAUGUCACAUGACAUGGGGCGUUCCCAUGGUGAUUUCUUCGGCCCACUGAACGGUGAUCGAGGUUUGCAUGGUGCGUGGGAUUCCCGGGGAGGGGCAAUGAGCGACAUCUUCCUACAAGAUACAAUGUCUGGUAAAGUUGGCACCGGGCCCGGGACUAUCGAGAUGGAACCUUACUCAAACUUCAUGAUGCAACAGCAACAGCAACAACAGAUGAGAAACCCACAGCGUAACAUGGACAGACAAAACCAAGGAAACUACCAAGGUAACUACAACAAUCCCCCGCCACGCCUACAGCAGCAGAUGAAUCAACAGGGUAUGGGCAAGGAAGGGGGAGGUGGUGGGUACAUGGGCCAACGAAACAACCUGCCAGGCCAACGAGAAAACAAACCGCCACGAAUGACCAAGAUGAACUCUGAUCAGCUCAACCUCCGUCCCAACUCCAGCAGUAUGCUGCUCAAGCCCCAAGGGCCCAGCAUGCUACCCCCUAGCACCAAGAAGACCAUCUCCCAGCCCCCUAGCCUGGUCCCGCCCAAACCCAACAACCCUCCACCCUCUUCUCGGCAGCCUCCGGUCGAUAACCUUCAGUCUGGAUUCCCUCCGCUGAGCGUCAAGCAGACAACCAACGCUGAGCGUGGAAAGCAAGCAAAGAAACAAGCCCCAAGCAAGGAGGACUUGCUCAAGUCUAUGGAGACGUUGAUGAAGUCUUACUCGACCUCUGAUGACCUCACAGCCGCAGUGGACGGAUGGAAGGACAUGCGUGUACCCAGCGAGCAUGUCGCUGCCUUGCUGUGUAGCGUCAUGACAGACGCGCUGACCGAGGGCGACGCGGAGAGAGAAAGCGUUAAAAUUGAUCUCGGCACUCAAACAGCACGAUGCUAUCACAUCAGCACAGUUAUAGACGGGUUCACAUCCCUCCUGGAGCGUUCCACCGAUCUGGAAGCCGAGGUAGCACUGGUCAAGUCUCACGUGGCUGGCUACGCGGCCCGCGCCAUCGUCGAUGACGUAGCUCGCCUCGCCGACAUCGCUAAACCCUUGGAGUCCGGUUCCUACUACCCACUAUUCCUGCUGUGUUUUCAGAAACUUCAUAAGACAAAAGACAAGGAAUGGCUCGUCACUCUAUUCGGAGCCAGCAAAGUCAACAUGAUGCUGAUGCUGCCGGAGAUUGACCAGCACAAGGAACGCAUGAUGGACAUUCUUGAGGACAAGGGGCUGAGUUUCUUGUUCCCGUUGCUGAGGGUUCAGUCAGACAUCUGGAAGCAGAUAACUACAGAGCCGAACCCAUCCGCACUCUACAAAUGGAUCAAAGAUAAUAUCCCAGCUAAACUACACACUGACAAAGGCUUCAUCAAUGCGCUGGCAACAAGCAUCAUCAAGUUCGUGACUUCGCAGACCACUUUGGCCGAGGGCGUGGACCCCACCGCGCCCCCAGACAAAACCUUACUGGACAAGGAGAAAGCCCUGCUGGAGAAAUUCAAGGCCGUCUUGCAGAAGUUUGUACACGAGAGCGUCGCGUUGCAGCUCAGCGCGCUGUACGCACUGCAGGUGCAUUGCUACAACAGCGGAUUCCCCAAAGGGAUGUUGCUGCGUUUCUUUGUCAACUUCUACAACCUGGAGGUCAUCGAGGAAGAAGCCUUCCUGAAGUGGAAAGAGGACAUCUCAGAUGAGCAUCCGGGGAAAGGAAAGGCCCUGUUCCAGGUUAACCAGUGGCUGACGUGGCUGGCAACCGCCGAGGAAGAGGAGGACUCGGAAGACGAGGACCUAGACCAGUAGAGUAUUGCAGGCUGUCAUUGCCAUUUUGUGCACAUAGUAGUCGGGUGCCACGAUUGUGUGGCCAAUAGACAAUUUGUCAGUUUUGUUGGAGACUUAACCACGAAACAUUUUGAACCAUGUGAUGUUGUACCGGUGUCAACUGAAAGCAAUUCGAGUUUAAAAAAUUAAAAUAUGGAAUUCUUAGCUGUAGGACAUUUUGCAUUCCCAACCAUGUGAUUUUGAUCGAUGAAUUGAUAGAAUUGUAAGCAUUUUAAUUAUGGAUUAAUUGAUUACUAAUAUAAGCAAAUAUCUUCAGGUUCUGGGAACACAUUUGCCUUGCGUGUACGUAGUGGCUUUUGGAAAGUUUCUGUUGCCAGUAGAGAGUUUCAGUUAAUAACAGUGUCGGUGAUGUCAACUUUAUGCUGUGUUUGAAUGAUAUGGCUGGGGCUAUAAGGCCAAAAAAAAA